CACACAGCCCUUGGUCUGGAGAUCCCAGCCCAGGGCAACUCCAGACGCAAGCAACCUCCGUGGGUCAAGCCAGAUGGAGCACCCUUGGGACCCUCGGCGAGCCCAGUCCUUGGACAGGUCUCACGCCCCCCGGAAGGACUCAGAGUCGUCCAGCUGCCAGUGCCUCUCACUGCCCGGUGCACCCUACAGGAGGGCACCCCGCCGAGCCAUCAGCGAUGGGGCCAGAUGUUCCCAGAGCCCAGACCCAUCUUCAGGGGCUCAGGGUGCUGAGGUUGCCGCAGCCCACACUCUGGAGGAGACGAGGGGGUUUCUUCCCAGCGAGCGGAGGACCCCUCCAGACACCAAGAAGGACAAGGCCCAGAGGCGGGCCCAGCCAGGCUGGCUGAAGAUGCUGCUGAACCUCCUCUUGAGGAUAGGCUUUGAGGAACCCGAAGACAAGGCCAGCGGGAGGCCGAAGGGGAAGGAAGAGCCCCUGGAGUCCCCAGAGGCAGCUGAGGAGCUGGCCUUCAGGAAGAAAGCCCAGGACAAGAAGGCCAACCGCAAGAGAUACGGUCACAGAAAGCAUGGGGCCGAGGAAGCCAAGGGGAGCCAUGACAGGGAGGCAGAAGGCCACCAGGCCCGGCUGCCCAACAUGGCUGCCGCUUUGCACUGUGAAGAAGCCGAGGCUGCUCCAGUUCACGGGGGUGGACCAGACUCCGGCGGCCCCCAGUCCUUGCCCUGCGAAGGCGCCGGUGCUGGUCUCUCGGAUCUUUCUCCCCAGGCCCCGGGCUCUGGGCCAGAAGAGGAGCUCAAGAAGCCCGACCAGGACGCCGUCAUCCGGAUGAUAGUGGAAUUCCUCAAGAAAGCGGGAGACCAGUGGGAGGAAGAGGUGAGGAGCAGCGCCGGUCCCAGGUCCCGCCGAAGCUCCUCCUCCUGCCCCGGGGCUCAAUGCUCCGCUUCCCUCGCCUGGGGCCACCCUGCCGCGCUGGCUUGCUCUCCUGAAGGACGGGGCCUGACUCAGUUUCCCUCUUGUUCCCAGCAGCAGGCUCGAGCCUCCCAGCCGGAAGUACAGCUGCACAGCCCUGCACUGGGCUGCAGGGGGAAGUCCCAGGAGAGGAAGCCCAGCAGCCUCAGGAGAGCGUUUUCCCUGAAGAAGUGCAGCCCGGAGGGGCCCGGGAGAGCGCGCGCUGCGGAUGUGCCCGGCCCCGAGGCCCGGCCGCCCAAGAGGCCCAGCUUCCUGCCCCUGUGCGUUGGCGGCGGUGCCCACCGGCCCUCCACCUCCAGCAGCCCCGGCUCUGAAGGACCAGGAGGCCCCGAGGCCCGGUCUGCGGAUGGCGACGGCCCCAGUCCCUCUGAGCUCCCGGCCCGCGCUGGAUGCCAGGGACCCGAAGAGGAGCGGCCGCUGGACAGAGCCUCUGAGUCCAACGAGUUCAGGCGGAAGAUCCUCAGGCUGCUCCGAGAUGGCGAGGAGCCCGCUGGCGCUGGCGAGCAGGAGGCUGAGGCAGCCGGACAAAGCCUGGCCCUGGCCGGCAGGAGGAAGUCCCCGGAGAAAAAGCCCAGCAGCCUCCGCAGAGCCUUUGCCCAUAAAAGACACAGCUCCAAGGAGCGCAGGAGAGCGGGGGCUGUGGGGACCGGGGUGGCCGCCACCCCCGAUUCCCGGCCACCCAAGAGGCCCGGCUUCCUGCCCCUGUGUGUCGGUGGCCACCGGACCUCCAUUUCUUGCAGCUCCGAUGAAGAAGGCCAGGAGUUCCAGGAGCCCUCAGCCACAGAAGCGGCCGCACCUGGGUUCUCAGAAGCAGCCUCCCGGGCCAGCAGCUGCACGCCAGAAGGGGACCCUCAGCUCCUGCAAGAGGGAGUAUGCGGAUCUAAGGAGCUCGUUAUCUGCAAGCUGGUGGCGCUUCUCCAAGAAGUGGACGGCGAGUUGGGGGAGCAGAUCCGGAGACACCCCAGCUUUAAGAGGUUCUUUUACGAGUUCUCAGACUCCUCCCUCAGGAAGCUGGCGGCCACCCUGCGCAGCCAGCAGGCCCGCCCGGAGGAUGGGGACAGGAGCCUCCCCAAGAGACUGCUCCCGCUUGCCUUUGGCCUGGGGAACAAAUAUGCUGACGGCCACAGCCGCACCAUCUGCAGCCUCAUGGGCUCCCGAAGCAGAGCCCAGUCCCAGGAGGCCCAGCUGAACCUCACAAGUCCUGGGUGUCUCAGUCCAGAUUAAAAGCGGCGCCUGGACCUCCAGCUCCGUUGACCCAGCCAAACAAUUGGCGCCUUUGGCCGGGAGACCCUGAAGCUGCUAUGUAACUUCCCAAACCCGAGCUUCACAAAGUCCCUGAAGACCACACCCUGCUGCCUGGAAAUGCACGAAGCCUUCUGCCCCAAAGCUCCCUGCGGAGACCACACCGGGGAGUCGGCUCUGGAUUGGAGCGAGGAGACCCCAGGGCAGAGCUGGCCCGCUAGUUCCAGGCAUCCGGCAGAAGCCCUGCAACAUUUUCCCCUGGGUCCUGUAAUUCCAUGACCAGAGAAUUCUGUGGAGCUGAUACCUUGUACCUCUCCCAUCUCAUGGGACUUGCUAAGAGUCAGUGAGAAAAUAAGGUGAAGAGUUCCAAAACUCAUGCCUGGUGCAGUUAGGUGAUCUUUAUUAGCGCUACAUUUGGGUGGUGUUCGGGAAGCAGAGGAGGGCUUUCGGCGGGACCUCUGUGGACAGCUGCGCGGUCCGCACUGCUCAAGAGCACCAUACCCCCAAAGGCGCUAGUCCCAUCCUGGGCAAUGUGGACUUGGAGAUUUAAGAUGACAAUUUUCCAGCUGGUGGCAGUAAAGGGUCUUGAAAGGGGCUCUUUUCUUUCAUUUGCAUUUGCACAAAGGUGAGGUGUGGGUUGUCACAGGCUCCAGCUUCCACACAGCUGAGCAAUUCAGAUGCGCUAUGUGCAGGCUGCCGGGCUCCCAGCAGAUCCCCAGCUCCCUUGCAGUGGCCUUGGGACUCGUGGCCCUAUGGGAGAGGCUGGGAAAACCUGCACGGCACACUGCGCCUCGCUGGGCAUGGUGGGUGUGGCGGAUGAGCUGAGCCUGCGGCCAGUACCAUGGGGAGGCGGGCGGGAGAAAGGCCGGGCGGAGGGCAAGGGACUCAGCUAACCCGCCGGCCUUCACCGCUCUCGAGGAGCGGGGCAGGGGCUGAGCUCCUUGCUCGGUUCUUCUGGGCAGCAGUCAGGAGUGUGGCGUCAGUUUGACAAAGCUCAGGAACCUUUUGUACAUAGUUUCUUAUUCGAGUGACGAGCGCUGGCCGUGUGAGUGCCCGAUGCUGGCAUCUGGAUCGCAUGUUUUUUUAACUGCAUCGAGCAAAUAAAGCAACUGACUUGC